AUGAAGGACACCUGUCGUCUGAGAUUCCCUGAGGGACACACACCAGACCAGACCAGAGGCACAGGGAACAAGCCCAUCUCCACAGCACACCAGACCACACCAGACCAGACCAGAGGCACAGGGAACAAGCCCAUCUCCACAGCACACCAGACCACACCAGACCAGACCAGAGGCACAGGGAACAAGCCCAUCUCCACAGCACACCAGACCACACCAGACCAGACCAGAGGCACAGGGAACAAGCCCAUCUCCACAGCAAAGAGACUGAGUGGGAUAAACCAGGACAUUCCCAGUUUUCCAGUCUUGGAAUUCCCAGCAUUCCGAAGAGGGAUGAUUAGGAGGCGGAGAGAAUGGGUGAUUCCACCAAUCAGCAUCUCCGAGAAUGACAGAGGCUCUUACCCCAAAUCUGUGGUGCAGAUCAGAUCCAGCUUGGCCCGAGAGGUGCCCAUCAGGUACCGGCUGGUGGGACCAGGAGCAGACCAGCCUCCCCAGGGCCUGUUCACCAUCCACCAGACCUCCGGCAUGCUGUUCGUCACCAAGGCCCUGGACAGGGAGAACACACAGGAGUACAAGGUGCAGUACCACCACACACUCACAGCUCAUGCCAUAGUGGUGGGCACUGAAGGAGAUCGUCCAGCCGAAGGCCCCAUGGACAUCAUCAUCAGAGUGCUGGACCAGAAUGACAACCACCCAGUCUGCACCCGUGAUCUCUUCUGGGGGAACGUGAGCGAGGUGGCCCCCAUUGGUCAGCCGGUGCUGCAGGUCACAGCAGAGGACUCGGACGACCCCAAGACGGAGAACGGCGUAGUGAGGUACCGGCUCCUUAGACAGGUUCCCCCGCAGCCCAACGCAGAGAUGUUCUCCAUCGAUGGAGUCAGCGGCCUCAUCAGCGUGGCCUCCGUAGGGCUGGAUAGUGAGACUCACCAUGGCUACAGGCUGGUUAUUGAGGCAGCUGAUAUGGAGGGCCGCGGUCUGACCACGUCCUGCACCGCCACCAUCUCCAUCACCGACAGCAACGACCACGCUCCCAAGUUCAGUCAUACCACUUACAGGGGCUCAAUAGGGGAGAAUGUUGCGGGUGGCGUUGUGGUGACUCUUCCUGUGACGGACCUGGACAAGCCACUGAGCCCUGCAUCUGCCACCACAUACACCAUCGUCAGGGGCAACGAGAGGGGCCUCUUCAGCAUCAGCACCGGUCCUGGCAAGAUGGAGGGCAUCAUCACCACUGCCAAGGGUCUGGACUUUGAACAGAAACGUCAACACACACUUCUUGUUGCCGUGGAGAAUGAGGUUCCUUUUGCCGUGCCCCUGAAGACCUCCACAGCGACUGUCAUUGUGGAGGUGGAGGACCUGAAUGAGGAGCCCAAGUUUGAGCCUGAACAGAAACUGGUCACAGCUGCAGAGGACCUGCCUGUGGGUACUGUGAUAGCGGAGUACAAAGCUAAAGACCCUGACGUCGCCAGAGAACAAACAGUGAGGUAUAAGCUGUUGUCUGACCCGGCUGGUUGGUUGGAGGUGAGCAGAGACUCUGGCUUGGUGCGCCUGAGGAACGCACUGGACAGGGAACACACCCUGGUGAUUGACAGGACGUACACCGCCCUCGUCAUCGCCUAUGACAACGAUCUGAGCCCUGCCUCUGGCACGGGGACGCUGGUGAUCGAGGUGGGGGACGUGAACGAUAACGCCCCCCUGGUGAAGGAGACACACCUCCAGUUCUGCUCCCUCGAUCCGGUUCCUGUUCCGCUCACCAUCUUAGAUGCAGACGGACCGGGCAACGCUGACCCAUUCACCGUCCAGCUGGCAGAGACCAGCUGGGUCAACUGGACCAUCAUCACCAACUCCACCACUGGUGCAGUGAGUGUGAAACCCCGUGGGCAGCUGCCCUCUGCUGAGUACCCCGUGGUGGUGCACGUGUACGAUGCCCACAUGCUGGCUCAGGAGAGCGCCCUGCUGGCCGAGGUGUGCCAGUGCAGCGGCGCCGUCACCAUCUGCCUCCACCCCCUGCCACGCACCAACCCCAGCGCAGCCACCCUCUCCAUGGCAGUCCUGGGGGUCGUGCUCUUCCUGCUGGUGCUCCUGCUGCUGCUGAUCGUCCUCAUCAAGAGGAGGAGGAGGGAGAAACAGGAAGUGCUGCUGCCAGAAGAGGAAGUGCGAGACACACUCUUCUUUUACAACGAGGAAGGAGGAGGGGAAGACGAUCAGGAGUAUGACCUGAGCCAGUUGCAUCAUGGACUAGCCUCCGGUCCUGAGGUGGUGUGCACUGCUGUAGCUCCGCCCCUCGUCCCGCCUAUGCCCUACAGACUCCGCCCAGAUGAGAACGAGGAGAUCGGAAGCUUCAUUAAUGAUAACCUGCAGGCUGCCGACAACGACCCAACAGCGCCCCCCUUUGACUGUCUGAUGGUGUUUGACUACGAGGGGGCAGAGUCGGCCUGCGGCUCUCUCAGCACCCUGCAGUCUAGCAGCUCGGACCGAGACCAGGACUCCCAGCACCUGCAGGAGUGGGGCUCGGACCGGGACCAGGACUACCAGCACCUGCAGGAGUGGGGCCCGCACUUCAGGAGGCUCGCGGACAUGUACGGAGGGGGAGAGGACGACGACGACGACGGCGACGACGACGACAUCCUGCCCGGGAGGAAGGAGUGGGUCUGAGGGAGGACUGGACUCGACCCAAUCGGACCAACACCACCGGACCAAACCCACCUCAGGUGCCUUUCCCAAACAGUGUAGUUGAACAACAGCACCGUUAAAGGAGAGACAGAUUAGGAUUUGAAACACACUUUUCCCGUGGUGGGCGCUCAACAAAGCUUUCAGGAAACGCAGUCCUGACCGACACGACCUAAAAUCAGCUCCACUGCCUUAAGAAAAGAACUGCACUUAGGCCCUCAUGAUGCCCACGCCACUACAUUUAUACUGAACACAAAUAUAAGAGCAACAUGGAACAAUCUCAAAGUUUUUACUGCGCUCCAGUUCAUGUAAGGAAACCAAUGACUUCUGCAGGGGAUUUUGGAUACCACACGACUAUGAUGUACAUUUGUGCACAGAAUUUUGAAAAGAGAGAAAGAAAGUAGCUUUUUGUGAGCAUGAAAAAAAUGAAUGAUCAUUUACUUCAGCUCAAGAAAUAUCUAAGCUGAGUCUAAGCUGGCCAUGUUGUGUAUAUAUUUCUGAAUAUUCUCUCAAUAUUGAUGUACACUUUUUAUUGAUUUAACUGAUACUGACAGCUAAUGUGCAGUACAGGUUGUUGUAGUUAGUUAAUCAUCAACAAGGUAAUGUGUGUUUUUAAUUCUUCCGUGUUAAAUGCUAAAAAUCAUUUUCAAUUGUCAGAAAAUCAUUUUAAUUUGUAAAUAAAUUUGAUACUGAAAG